AGGAAUCGAAAAAGAUUGGAUCACUUUCGUACGAGCGAUGGCCGCAGUCAGAAGUGAAUUCCCCAGCGAACCGAACAGUAAUACCAACACCAACACCAACACCAUUACCACCAACAAAACUGAUCGCCUGAGGUCCGUGAAAAAUCGGGUGACCACGUGUUUGAAGCAGUUGUGCGAAAAACUCCAGGCAACUGGAUCUUUUCGCAAGAGUUCGUCCAGCCGAUUCUAUAAGAUCUUCGUGAGGGCUGAUUAUUACGGUUUUCGGGAGAAAUCCAAAUUUUUGCGCCAGUUUCAGAAGAUCUAUAAAUCGGCGCGAAAAACCGAAUCGCCGGAGUUGUGGAAAGUGCCGUUGGCCCAUGACGUCACCGGGCAGAGCAGCCAGCAGUUGCAAAUCGUAGCCAGACUUUUCUCAUCCACUCUGAUUUCCACCGAGGAAAUCACUUAUCACACCAACAACUACAAAAAUAAAAGCUGCAAAAGUCGGAAAAGCCACGAAAGCUACAACAGCAGCAUGACCAUUAUCGAGAGCAACUAUAUAGCUGUGCGCGAGGAGUUUCCCGAUAUCGACACCGAGGUGCGCGCCAUAUUGCUCAGCCACGCCCAGAAUGGUAUCACGAUAUCGAACAUCAAAAGUGAAUAUCGAAAGCAGACGGGCUGCCAGUUUCCACUGCACGACAACGUGACGGACUUCCUGCUGACCAUUCCGAACGUGACCGCCGAGUGCAGCGAGUCCGGCAAGAGGAUCUUCAACCUGAAGCCGAACGUGAAGAACCGCCACCUGCUCGACAUGGUCCUCAACCAGAAGCAGCGCACCAGCGACUACAGCAGCGGAGCUCCCUCCGUGGAGGACAAACCUCGUCCGCCACCACGAUACUGGAAGUUCCCCUACAAACGGCGGGCCUUGUCCCAGCUGGACAACAACCUGAACACCGGUCCAAAACUGGAGGAACAGGAACACCAGUUCCAGGCGGUUACCACCAAGGCGGCUCCACUGCAGCAACUGGCCAAGGAGGCAGCGGAGUCGAACUGGUGCUACCAGGACAAUUGGAAACAUCUCAACAACUUCUACCAGCAAUCCAGCGCAAACGAACCGCAGAUGCCAGUGCCCAUUAAUAUCUACAGCGAUGCUACUGAGGAACCAACUCAGUUUGCUGUUCCCGAGCCGCGACCAUACGGCAAGAACCACAACCAGAAUAACAAACCAAAUGUAAAUCAGCAACUGGGAUCAUUCGUGAACCCAUUUAAUGAUAUGAAUAUACUGAAGAGACGCCACGAUAUGACGCCAACACCCACGACUUUAUCCAGUGGAACGUAUAACGAUUCAAUGUUGACCAUCAGUUCGGAUUACGAUGCCUACCUGCUCGACUUUCCGCUCAUGGGCGAUGAUUUUAUGCUAUAUCUCGCCCGCAUGGAGCUAAAAUGCCGAUUCAGGCGACACGAGCGGAUCCUUCAGUCCGGACUUUGCGUCUCCGGGCAAACGAUCAAUGGCGCCCGGCGGCGGUUGAAGAAAGUUCAACUGCCCGCUGGCACCCAGAUCAUCGUGAACAUCGGCUCCGUGGAUAUAUUGUGCGGAAGGCCUUUGGUUCAAAUCGAACACGAUUUCCGGCUGCUGAUCAAGGAGAUGCAUAGCCAGCGAUUUGUGCCCAUUCUCACAAAUCUGGCCCCGCUGGCCAACUAUUGCCACGACAAGACUAUGUGUGAUAAGAUCCAUCGGUUCAACAAAUUUAUCCGCAGCGAGUGCUGUCACCUGAAAUACAUCGACAUACACUCCUGUCUGAUCAACGAACGGGGCAUCGUGCGGUUCGAUUGUUUUCAAAGCUCACCACGCCAAGUCACGGGUUCCAAUCAGCCAUAUCUGUUCUGGAACAAAAUCGGGCGUCAACGCGUGCUGCAAACUAUUGAAUUAAAUCUGGAGUAUUGAGUUUGAGUUUCUAACUCAAGAUAUAGUAACUGGGCUGGCACCAUGAAGAUUUUGAUGAUGUUUUUACGAUUUACGCUGAUGGCUCGCUGUUUUUACGGAAUUCGCUUAAUUUUAAUGUGUUUUAUAUGUAUGUCCCCUGUUAAUAUAUAUAUGUUUGUGUAAUUGUGUUAGUCCCUAAUUGUAUAAAAUUGUGUGUUUUGUGUUAUUUCCUAGAUUUUAAUAUUUUCUUUUUCACUGCCUGUGAAAUGUUUGAAUAUUCCAUUGAGUUUUUGCACACUUUUUGCUGAUAUCCCAAAAGGUGUGCAAAAAUUCAAAUACAAAAUAAUUACAGGCAGUUGGAAACUUUUCUCAAAACUUUUUCACUUUUCUAAAACCAUUUUCCCUUGAAAUCUGCUUUAUAAAUCAGAUUGCAAAGCAAAAUGGAAUUUAAAUGCAAAUCCAUUGCAAAUGUUGUAAACUGUUUUUUGUUCUUCAUUUUUUGUGGGUCAAAAUGCUUUAUGCUCCUGUAUAGCAACCUGCCACUCCCCCUUCCAAAAAAAAAAACGGAGGAUGGAGUGGGCGUGGUCGAAAUACAUUUGAGCCAUGCUGCAUUUUGUCUUCAGCGAAAAUGCACUUGCUCCACUUGGAAAAUUCGCUUGCACAAAAUCAACGCCGCGGCUGAUUUAUUAUUAAUGUGCUCAAGCAAAUUCAAGUGAAGCAUUUGCGCGAUUUUCGUGUUCCGGCUUCCGUUGAAAUAAAGUUUAUAAAAAGCUUACACUCUGCUGCAGACACGCCACCGGAAGUGCGCACUAAGUGUGUUUCUGUCGCACAGUGUAGAAUUACAUAGCAAAUUACAGCACUACUCUAAACUCUUCUAGAUAGCUAUCUACUAUUUAUAAACUUAUUUAUUGUCUUGAAUGUAUGUUAAUUGUAUGUUUUGAUGGUGAUCACGUUUUUUUUGUCCUAUAACAAGAUGCAAUGUAAAAUCCAAAAAAAAAAAGAAAAAAUAAUAAAACAAGGGAAAAUAA